AAUAAGUUUUUGCCGGUUUUCUCUCUGACAUUACCUGACAGUCUGGGAAUGAUUCUGGAGCCGCUCCCUUGUUGACCGUGGUCCUUAAACAGGUUUUGAGAAGGCAACCUAACAGUGUGAAAGAGAGGCGCGGAACAAGAUUACCACAAGAUGGGGCGUUCCAAGGACUUUCCCGACUCGGAGAAUACCCAAAAUAUGCUCUCCAACAUCCCCCUCCAAGAGAAAUACGUCGGCUCACCAGAUGGCGUUGGUCAGUCGCCUGCCCUGCCGGAGGAGGAGAGGGAAGUUUGGGGGAAGAAGAUUGACUUCCUGCUGUCCGUUGUCGGUUUCGCCGUGGAUCUGGCUAAUGUUUGGCGGUUUCCAUACCUUUGCUACAAAAACGGCGGAGGUGCUUUCCUCAUCCCCUAUAUCAUGAUGUUGCUCUUAGCGGGGAUUCCCCUGUUUUACAUGGAGCUGGCGUUGGGCCAGUACAACCGCACCGGGGCGAUCACAUGCUGGGCCAGAAUCUGUCCGCUUUUCAAGGGGAUCGGUUGGGCCGUCGUUCUUAUAGCCUUCUACACUGACUUUUUCUACAACGUUAUUAUAGCUUGGUGUCUACAUUUCUUCUUUGCCUCAUUUACCCUAACAUUGCCCUGGACUACAUGUAACAACACAUGGAAUACGGACGAUUGUUACGAGGGUUACUUCAGAGCCGAGAAUUACUCUCUCACCGGAAAUGACACCUUCAACUCGUCCAUGUUCGAGAACAGAACUUCACCUGCCAGCGAAUACUUCCACCGACGUAUGCUCGAGUCUCAUUUCAGUGAAGGUAUCUUUAAUGUCGGUGACUUGAAGUGGCAGCUCGUACUUUGCCUGCUAGGAGUUUACCUCAUCUGCUACUUCAGCCUCUGGAAGGGGAUAUCAACGUCAGGAAAGGUCGUGUGGUUCACUGCCUUGUUCCCCUAUGUGGUUUUGUUUAUACUGAUGAUCAGAGGGGCCACGCUACCAGGCGCUUUGAAGGGCAUCGAGUAUUAUCUCACCCCAGACUUUGACAGGCUGAAAAGCUCAGGGGUGUGGGUGGAUGCAGCCACGCAGGUGUUCUUCUCCUUAGGUCCAGGAUUCGGCGUCCUUUUGGCCUACGCCAGUUACAAUCCCAAACAUAACAACGUCUACAGAGACGCAUUGGUGACAGGCACCAUAAAUUGUGCCACAAGUUUUUUCUCCGGCUUCGUCAUCUUCAUGAUUUUGGGUUACAUGUCAGAUAAGAGUGGAAAGGAAAUAAAAGACGUCGCAACAGAAGGACCGGGUUUGGUGUUCGUUGUCUACCCAGAAGCUAUAGCUACGAUACCUGGAUCCACGUUUUGGGCCAUCAUUUUCCUCAUGUUAUUGACUCUGGGCCUUGACAGUUCAUUCGGUGGAUCUGAAGCCAUCAUUACAGCAGUGACUGACGAGUUUCCGGUUCUCAAGCGCUACCGAGAGGUCUUUGUCGGGGUUCUCUUCACCCUUUAUUUUGUCGUCGGUUUAGCCAGUUGUUCUCAGGGAGGUGUGUACGUGGUGACCCUAAUGGACCGUUACGCCGCCGGAUAUUCUAUACUGAUGGCCGUAUUCUUUGAGACACUGGCUGUGUCUUGGGCGUAUGGUGUUGAACGGUUUUCUGGGGACAUUGAGGAGAUGACAGGCUUCCGGCCUGGUAUUUACUGGAGGGUUUGUUGGAAAUAUGUGGCGCCAUUAUUCCUUCUGUUCAACAUCGUGUUUGGUCUGGUAACUUACACUCCACUGACUUAUGGCGAGUACAUUUACCCUUGGCAAUCGAAUCUGAUCGGUUGGACCAUUGCCAUGUCAUCUGUCCUAUGCAUACCGGGAUUUGUUAUUUACGGCUUGGUUCGGGAAAAAGGAAGUUUGACAGAGCGUGUCCGUGAACUUUUGACUCCAUGGAGGGAUAAGGUGGCGCGGUCAGUCGAUGCUGCUAAUAACAUCCGUCUGAAUGGGGGCGGGGGUUGCGGGGAGGCUGUAUAGGUAACCCAGGUGUCCUACCAAAUCACACAACACAUGGACAAACAGAUGAACUACUCUACUGUCAUCACUGAGAGGUUGUCUGGACGUUACUAAGCCAAAACUCAAGUUAUACCUGGAUUAGGGCCCCACCCCCACCCACCACCCCCC